AUGUUAAGGGACUACAAUGUUGUUGGUAACACAUGGUUGAAUAAUUUGUUUGGUUUGAGAGAAAAAUGGGGUUAUCCAUUUGUUAAACAUUGGUUUACCGCUGGAAUGCGGACAACGCAGCUGAGUGAAAGUCUAAAUAGCUGCUUGAAAGAGUACUUAACCAGGAAAAUGAGUAUUCCAGAUUUCUUCAUGCACCUUGACAGGCUAUUGUCAGACAAACGGUACAAGGAAUAUCAAGCUGAGUAUGGUUUACUCAGUAAACUACCUAGACUUAAACAAAAUUGUCCCAUUCUAAAACAAAUGGGCAAUAUGUACACGUUGAAGAUUUUUGAACUUUUCCAGGAUCAAUUCAUAGAAGCUUGUGUGGUUGCUACCGUGGAAGGAACAAGUUUAGAUGAAAAUGGAUUACGUGUUUCUAGAGUAUCUGUUCAUGAUGGCAGUAUGGAUCGGACUGUGACAAGGUGGGAUGAUGGCUUUCUAAGUUGUUCGUGCGGGAAAUAUGCAAUGGAAGGUAUUUUGUGUAGCCAUGUACUUAAAGUACUGAAAGACGACACUCAUUAUUUCAAAGAAUUACCUUCUAUGUAUAUACUAAAAAAGUGGACGAGAAAAGCUAGGGAUAACAGCGUACAAGAUAUCCGUAGAUGUGAAGUUAUUGCUGAUCCUAAACUUGAAGAGGCAACCAAUUCAGCUUUUUCAACUGAAAGAAGUAAUAAUCAUGAACAUAAUGAAAGUAUCAUUGGGCAAGCCGUGAUCGGAAGUAAUGCCAAGGGUAUAAAGAAUAAAGAAACAGGUGGUAAGGGACCAAGGCGCAGGAAGAAGAAUAAGUUUGAACAAUACAUGCAGAGAAAAAAAAACUAUGCGAAACGAAAGAAAUCAAAUGGCAACAACAGUGUUGGUGCAGUGGUACCGUGCCACCUAUUACAUAUGUACGUCUGA